AUGGCUUACGGUGGUCUGCGUGGUGCUAUUGCUUACGGUCUUGUGGUAGCGUUACCAAAUAUUCCAGCCAAGAACAUGUUCAUCACAAGUUGCAUCGUCGUCAUCUACUUCACUGUUUUCCUACAGGGGAUCACUCUGAAGCCGAUCGCAGAGUUCUUGCAAGUAGAGAAGAAGAACGUCCACAAGAAAAACAUGACCGAACACAUUUAUCAAGAGUUAAUAGACUACACAAUGUCGGGGAUGGAGGAUAUCGCCGGCUUCAAGGGACAUCACUGGAUCAGAGAAUCAUUCCAGUAUGUCAACAAUAACUACCUGAAGCCGCUUCUCGUGAACAGAAGAAGUAUGAAACAGAUGGACAACACGAAAAUCGUACGAAUGUUUGAACGCCUGCAAUUACAAGAUGCCAAAGAUCUUGUCAAG